UAUAUGCGCUAUCAUAUCAAAAGAAAGUGUAGACUAUCAAGGCUUAGCCGGAUCUAUUAAUAGACAAAGGGGAAAAAAAACGUUGUUACACUUUUUUGUGAUAUGAACAAAGGCGUAUAAAAAUCCCUCCAGCUUUCUCCUGUUUUUCUCCAAAAUAGUUAUAGUGUAUGCAUCAUGGAUAAAAUGUUUUCCUUAUCUGUUAUCACAUUAUACUUAUUACAUACAAUCACUGCUGCCAGCUCACAAGUCAGUGCCAUCCAGUUUAACAACUUCGGAUAUUCGGGAGCAUACACCCCUGUGGUUGACUUGGCCAACAUCUACGAUGACACUUGUUCAUGUGCAGUUGCAAGUAAGCCUACCACAUUCAGCGGUACAAACACUCCCUUGAACGAGGAAGUCAGUGUCCAUUUCCGAGGCCCUUUGCAGUUGUACAACUUUGCCAGUUACGUAAGUCAAGAUUUCACCCUUGGCGAUAACUCGGGUGAGUUCACCAGAUUGUCAUUUUAUGAUAGCGCAGAGGGAACUGCUGACAAUGUUACCUUUUUGACUCGUGCCGGGAAAAAUUCUAGUUGUCUUGGCUUUGGGUUGACCUAUGCCGAUACUGAUGGGAUCUCCAAGGCAAAUAGCCCUACCGUGUUAGCCGAUGAUACGCUUAUCAACUCCAAUCAGGAAUAUGUUAUUUUCUCAAACUUGACUUGUGACAAGUCGGGUGUGAAUAACGACUGUGGGGUGUAUCGUGAAGAUAUUCCCGCAUACCAUGGUUUUUACGGAACCACGAAAAUGUUCUUGUUCAAGUUUAGUAUGCCCAAUGAAACAAAAUCGGCAUGGGAUGUAGCCAACUAUAACAUGCCGGCCAUUUGGCUUUUAAACGCGCAAAUCCCCAGAACUGCCCAAUACAGUAAUGAUGUCAACUGCUCCUGUUGGAGAUCGGGAUGUGGAGAAUUUGACGUGUUUGAGGUGAUGAAUGUUACUGAAUACACCCAUUUAUAUCUGACCAUACACGAUUACCAAGGAACUGACGAUAUUGAAAGUGGAUUAGCUGGAAAUGGGUAUAUUGACCGUGAUUUGAAUGGAACUAUGGUUGGUGGUGUGGUUUUUGAUUCCACGGGAAAGGUUAUUGUUUGGAUGAGUGAUGAUACAACGUUUGACGAAACUGUUCAAGCUGGUGAUUUGAAUUCUUGGAUCAAAGGUGCGGAAAAGAAUGCCGUGACUACUACUUUGCCUACUGCUUCGUUAGCCGUGGCUACUGAAACAGGAACUGGAUCAAGCACUACCAAAAAGAAUAGUGGAGUGGUUGUUGCUCGUUCGUCUUUGAUUACUGUUCUUUCAUCACUUCUUUGGUUUAUAUAGAUUUAUAAUUGACUAAUUUGAUAAUCAAGUCUGCUAGUUCGCU